AAAUCAUUGACUCAUCUUCCCAAAUUGUAAAUAAUGAAACUAGCAAAAAUAAAAUGGUUUGUAAGAGAAAGAGACUAUCAGAAUCAGGUUGGAAGAAAGACAAUCAGUUUAAGAAUUUCUUUGACAAUAUAAGUAAUGUACAAAAGGAAAAGCUAGAUAGAGCACUAACAUUAUUUGUGGUAGGUUGUAACUUACCGUUCUCCACUGUAGAUUCCAGGUUUUUUAAAACAUUUAUACAGGAAUUACGACCUGCAUAUUCUGUUCCAUGCAGUAAAACUUUAUCAGGAUCAUUAUUAAAUUCAGUUCACGAAGAAAUCGUAAAAACAGACAGAGCUAAUGUUGGGGAAACUUCUGUUAUGUUAAUAGAUGGAUGGAAAAAUUCCUCCAACAAUACGAAACAAGUGGUAACAAUAUUGCACUCUGUUGGUGGGCAAUGUUGUUUCCUAGAUUCAUAUGAUAUAACUGGUAAUUCAGAAACAGGAGAGGAGUUGUACAAUAUCUGUCAAAAUUCUAUUACUUUGGCUAAGGAAAGAUAUGAUACAGAUGUAUAUGCAAUCGUAAGUGAUAAUGCUGCCAAUAUGUUGAAAAUGGGCCGGCUUUCCUCCAAUUUGAUGCAUUCAACAUGUAACAGUCACACAGGCAAUUUAUUGGCAAAGGAUAUUCUAGAUUUGGCUACAGCUAGUAAAGUUUCUCUAAUUCUCAGAGAAUUUAAGCAUCCAGACUUGGAGAAAGACAUUAUCUCUGAUGGAGGAUCUAAAAUUCAAUUGGCAGUGGAUACUAGAUGGGCUUCUUAUAGAGAUGCAUUUGUGUGCCUAAUACAAAAUUUAGGUCAUAUGAAAACCAUUGCAGCUAAAAGCAAUGUUAAAGUAAAAACCAAUAUUGUAAGCUUACUUUAUGACGAAUCAUUUAUACAAAACGUGGAGAAAGCUAUUGACGUUUCUAAUAAUGUAUGUCUCUUGAUAAAUGAAUGUCAGUCUCGAGAGUGCAGCCUAGCUGACGCUUCUGAAAAAUGGUUGAAGUUGGAGCUUCCAGAUGAGUGUCAAGAAUUUUUGAAAAAUAGAAAAAAUAUGGCCUUGAAUAUUUAUGCAUUAGCAUCAAAUUAUUUGCAUCCCUCAUACAGAGGGAAUCUGUUAACUGAGGGCCAGAUAGACCAGGUUGAAAAGUACCUCUUAGAAAAUCUUGAUAAAGAAGGACUGUCUAGCCUGCAACAGUUUAACAUGAAUGCAGAUAUAUUCAAAAUAUUACUUGAAAAGGAGAUUACUUGUCCAGUAACAUAUUGGGGUUUAGCAAGUAGAAAACAUGACCAGCUAUCAAAAUUAGCUGUUAAGUUAUUGAACAUACCAGCUUCAUCUGCCCAGCUGGAAAGGGUUUUUAGUAGUUGGUCAUUCAUACAUUCGGAUUUAAGGAAUCGUUUAGGAUCAGAAAAAUCUAAAAAAUUAGUUCAUUGUUACUACUCACUACAUUUAAGCCAUACAAGUACAACUAAUAUUGAUUGACUGACUACUAAGUUAUUAAAAUCUUGUAAGAUUAUAUUUGUUCUUUACUAGUGUUCUUCUUUGUUAAGAUGUUCGUAUUUUGUAAUUUAUUAUAUUAUAUUAUUAGUGCGUUGCUACUACUCAUUACCUAUAAGCAAUACAACUAUAUAGUAAUGAUUGACUGACUAAGUUAUUAAAAUCUUAUAAGAUUAUAUUUGUUCUGUGCUUUUGUUAAAAUGUUUGUAUUUGAUAAUUUAAUAUAUUUUAUUAUUAGUGCAUUGCUAAUUGCUACUGCUCAUGUGCUCAUUACAUUUAAGCAAUACAACUAAGUAGGGUACUUAAAUUUUCUUAUAAGAUGUUAUAAAAUUAUAUAUGUUCUCUACUUAUGUUAAAAUGUUCAUAUUUUAUAAUUUAAUAUAUUUUCUUGUCCAUUAUAUCUUGUUUUUUUUAUAAACUGAUAAUUCCUGAAUUAAAUGAAAAGCCUAGGCAAUGUGUGUAUUAUUUUGGAAAAUACAUUUCUUGUUCAGUUUUUAGGAUAUAACAAAAUUAUAUAAGAGUAUAAGAGUUUCUUGCCUCUUGCCUUUUGCCUUAAACUGCUAAUAUAGAAAUUAA